AUGGAGGACAUGGAGGAAGAGCCCAGUGACACUCUCACGAGGGAAGAUGAGGAAGAAGAAGAAGCGCCUGCUGGGAGGAGCGUCAAGAGGCUUGCUUCUCCGACCCCAGGAUGCUCUUCAGACUCCCCUGACGCGAAGAGGGUCCGAUCCGAGAGUCCUUCAGGCGAUCUCGAGAUCGACCUCGACACUUCAACUCACGAGGAAGUUCCCCCAGUUCCGCCGGUCACUAGAUGGGCAAAUGUUUUCCCCGUUCGAACUCGCGAUGGUAGACUGUCCCUGGUUCCGGUGCGCAGUACAAACUCCAUCGAAGCAUCUACUGAAAGCGUACCGAGCAACGGGGAAAAACUGUCCCUACUGAAAAAACCCUUCUGGGACGUAUUUCUCGAAGCAGAGGCGGAGUUGGAGAGAUUGCGCCAAGUUCCCGUCUCCCACCUUGAUACCUCUGCCGAGAACGCCGCCUUGCCCGAGGGUUACGCCGAUGUGGAAGAAACGAGACCCGGGGGUCACCGAGACAGCAGAGAACAGAGGCCCAACGAUGAACUAUGGACUGAAAAGUACAAACCGAAAAGCUUCCGAGAUCUUCUCAGUGAUGCGGCGCUUAACCGUAUGGUCUUGCAAUGGCUCAAACUGUGGGAUGCUUGCGUCUUCAAUAAAGAGGUGAAGAAACCUCCCCCCGUCCCUCAGGAAACAAACGAAAGGAAACGUUUCUUCCAGAGGUGGCUGCCAGAGCUGAACAUGGAGCUCGAUAAGUCGAGGCGUCCCGUGCAACCCGUGGUGUUGGUGGCCGGACCGCCCGGGCUCGGGAAGACGACCCUAGCUCAUGUUCUCGCGAGACACUCCGGCUAUAAUGUGGUCGAGCUGAACGCGUCGGACGACCGUAGUCCGGAGGCUUUCCGAUCUGCGCUGGAAAGCGCAACCCAGAUGAAGUCCGUCUUGGAUAAAGAAUGCCGGCCGAACUGUCUCGUCAUCGACGAAAUCGAUGGCGCACCGUCGCAAUCCAUAGCCGUCCUGCUCAAUAUGCUGAAGCCAGAACCCGCUGCGGAGGGCAAAAGCAAGAAACGGAAACCUAAAGUCCUCACACGGCCUGUGAUUUGUAUCUGCAACGACCCUUGGGGUCCAGCUCUGCGACAACUCCGACAAAACGCGAUUCUCAUUCAGGUGCCGUCCAUACAAACCCAAAGGCUUUCCGCGAGAUUACAAAAUAUUCUUCGGAGAGAACGUAUGAAGUACGACUCCGCGGCCUUGCAAGCCCUAGCUGAGAAAACCGGGAAUGACAUCCGGAGCUGUCUAUCAACUCUUCAAUUCCUCCACUCGAGAAAAGGUGCUGUGAGCAUGACCGACGUGACAGCUACAAACGUCGGCAAUAAAGACACCCAACAGACUCUAGGCAACGUACUUCAUGGGAUUUUCAGCAAACCUCGAGAGACUCAGACCAGCGGCCGACGUGCGAGAUCGUCUGACAUACCCGGUCUCGUUCAAUCCUUUGGGGAUUACGAGCGCGUGAAUCAGGCUCUCUUCGAUACCUAUAUCAGCCGACAGGGACUCGACUCUGAAAUGACCUCUAAGGUUCCGCUAUCUUCGGAAUGGCUCUGUUUCGCGGAUCAGGUACAAUCAGUCAUAAUGAGCACUCAAAACUACUCAUUGAUGGCGUAUGGUUCGUUUACGGCAGCUCGUUUCCAUACCAUGCACGCCAGCUAUAGACCGACCAAGCUGGUGAUGAACAACUCUCACGUCGAGAAUUACAUGAAAUCCCAGAAAAUGAAACACCAUCUGUCCUCGCUUCUGUCUUCCACCACUCCGUCGAUGGCCGCUCAAUAUUCGGGAUCGAAUAUUCUGCUUGAGGUUUUGCCUUUCGUCUUCGGUAUCAUCCAACCCCAGCUGAAAUCGUCUAACGUUCAGCUCCUCAACGACGAAGACCGCACUAAAUUCAGAGCCGCCACUGGAGUCAUGUCAGCCUUCGGUCUGAUGUUCCAACAGCGCCACAUUGAAGGCCGAUACUCGUUCGAGCUCGAACCGAACAUCGAAGAGCUCGUGCGCUUCCCCGGUAUAGAGCAAUCUUUCACGCCCCUGACGUACGCCGCAAAACUCAUGUUCUCUCGGACCCUGGAGCUGCAGAAAGUGCGCAGCUCGGAGGACUCCGUUACUUCGACCGUCAGAGCGAAGAAGGUCACGAAAAGCUUGGCUCAAGUAUCGAAACCGGCCAUACAGCCAGAGAGAGUCAGGAAAGACUUCUUCGGUAGAGUUAUCAAGAAAAAGUCACUGAGCGACGAAAGCCCGAGUCAGCAGACUGAGAGGGAGCAAGAGGAAGCAAAAUCGGAAUCGUACUCGGUGUAUUAUAGGUUUAAGGAAGGGUUCAGCAAUGCUGUUCGAAAAAAUUUGAAGAUUAAGCAAAUACUCUAG